UCAUUUCUUUAAAAUGGCGUGAUGGUGGUGUAUUUGUCGUAACACAAGGAUUUUCAAGUUUGCGAUUUUAAAGAUUUCCUUGUAAGUUCAAACAUUUAAAUAGUUGCUUAGUUUUCGGCAUUAUGUGCUUAAUAGAACUAUUAUAUUUGUGUAGCACGAGAAUUAACGUUGUCUUUAAAAUUUGAGGGAGAGACUGACAGACUGUGAACUUCAAUGUACUUAUCCUCGUGAUUUUAAACCAUGCUUGAUCAGAAAUAACUAAGUGCGUCGUCUAUUGUAGGGUUAGGAGGUUCGACUGUGACUUCAACAAAUCGUUCUGUUGUACAUAGUGGUGAUUAGAUAACAAACAUUUUUGGUCUCAUGAGUUGCCUUGGGUGGUCAGCGUUAUUCGAAACUGUGCCAAUUAAUAUAUCGUGUCGAAAGUUGAUCCUCUUUGAAAAUUAGCAAAGCAAUAUGUUAUGAGUUAUCUAAGCAAUGUGUGUGCUACCUGAGUAAAAUUUCACAUACAUAUUAUAAGAACAGUAAUAACUUAUAGAUACCAAAAUGGCUGGUAAUAAAAUUAAUACAAAAAAGAAAGAAGAUAAGAGCAAAUCAAGUAAAAAUGUUGACCCAGCAAUGGAAGAAAAUGAAGAUAUUGAUUUUUCCUUACUAAGGAAACCUAUACCAACCAGAAUAACUGGAUUUGCCCAAGCAAGAAAGAUAUUUGAUUUGGCUACUGAAGAACUCAAAGGUUUGCUCAGUGAUGAGUGUGACUUGCUGUACGAAUGCAAGGUGUGCCGGAACAUGUUCAGGAGUUUGGUCAAUUUUGUAUCACACAAAAGAGUUUACUGUAAGGAGCAAUUCAAAUCGUCAAAGCACAGCCAUUUUAUGAAGGAAACCUCUGUUAUGGCUGAGAUAUUAAAAAUAAAGAAAUUAGAAGAGAGCUACCAAGAGUCCUUGAGUGAAAAAAUGGAAGCGAACAACAUGGACGAAGAUGACGACGCUCGUAUCCCAAUUACUAAGGACUUGACGUCAAUCAUAGAGAAGAUUACCAAGAACACGGGCGUCCAGCAAACAGAACUUGAGAACAAUCAAUUGGUAUUCCAGAAAAUUCCAAAGAGCUCUGUCGCUGUAUUCCAGAACCUUGAACCUAGUAAUACAAAAUCUGAUACAAUGAAGGCGCAGGUUGAUGAAUUGCAUGAUAUUCUAUCUCAAGAAAACGCAGUUCUGCAAAACGAUGGAUCAUUCAAAGUGCAAAGUAGUGACAAUGUUGAAGAGACUAAAGAAACAAACCCUGACAAUGUCAUACAGAUCAGUGAUGAUGAAGAAACCGAAGAUUCAGAUAUUCUGAAGUGUAAAAUUUGCGGCCUGCAGUUCUCCACACUGAAGACGAUGAAGUUCCACAUAAAGUACAAACACUUGGAGAACAGGCUGGUAUACCCGUGCCCCGACUGCUUGGACAUAUUUUCUACAUCCUGGAGCGUCUAUCGACAUCUAUUUAAGGUUCAUAGAAAAACAGGAGCCCAAAUCCGUAGACUGCGCGAGGCGAUACAAGCUAAGGCUUUCCGUAUGAACAACCCGCCUACUUACUACGAGAAGAGAAAGACAUUGCCUAAGCCGGCCCCAACGCAGAAGAUCACAGAGGAAGAAAGGCUAUUAAAAGAGAAUCAGGCGUGGUUCGAGGAGUUGGACGGUGAGAGCGAGGGUCGUCGGUGCGGCGGCUGCGGGCGGACGUUCGAGCGCCGCGCCGCGCUCGCCGCACACACGCACACGUGCGCGCGCCGCCACCGCCGCCGGAUACAGAUACAGAUCCGCAAGGACUACCACAAGGAGCCCAACAACCCUUACAUGGCGCUGGCCGGAGGCGCCACGCAAACACCCGCAGACGCGAAGUUGAAUGCGGAAGACGCGCCACCUGUGGAUAAAGUACAAGACGUAAAGGAUAAAGACGCUGAUGAUGACAACAACGACGAACCUCCAGAAGCAGAUCCGGAACCAAAUGACCCCCUAGCAAUGGAAACAGAUGAACAUAUCACACGGAACAUUAAGCCGAAAUUCUAUGACAGUUCCAUGAUAAAUAAUCUACCAUAUGCUCAGCCGAUAGAGAAGAAUAACUUGAAUGCCUUUAGGCAAAAAAUGCAACCGGACGUAGAUUUAUUCAAACUUCUUUGCAAAAAGUGUGAUGUUAAACAUGAAAAAUUUUCCGAUUUUCUAGAGCACAUGUCCGAGCAUUACAAGUGGGUACGCUACGCGUGUAAACUAUGCAAUUUCAAACAUUUUGUAUUUGAUAAACUGCCUGAACAUGUCAAAAUUGUGCAUAAACUUAAAGGCAACACAGAGUUCUAUUAUAGUACUGUGAAGGCUAUUGAUGGAGCUGAAGCUUUCGUACUGUCGGAAUCUGUUGAUGAACCGAAUGAAUCUAAUGAAACUAGUCCAAACUCACGGAGGCCUAGUAGAUGCUCCAGUGACUCCAGCAGACUGUCUGAUGACAGUUCCAGUAGUUGCACACGACCAGAGACUGGUUCGAGGAAACGCAAAAGUAACCUUUACAAAAUGAAUGCAAAGAAGAAAAAAGAAGCUGUAGCCAAUGAUGACAACAACCAAAAAGACGAUGAUAUUUUACUUGUAGAAGACACAACUGCUCCAAAUAAUAAAAUAUUUGAAGAAAAUUCUUCAGAUUUUGAUGAAAUGGAAGAAAAAAGUUCAAGGAAAAACAUUGCAAUAUCAACAUCGGUCGUGUCUCGCAGACCUGUUCGUAAAAAAACCAAACCUAAGAACGCUGAUUUUGAAUAUGAUUUGUCUAAUCUAUUAAAAUUGGAAGCACAGGGUUAUCGUGACUCACAGACAGUCUGUUCUAAAACAGUUCAAAGUAAAAAGAAAGUUCAUCAAGAAUUAUUAAAUAAUUAUGAUACAAUUAAUAAAGAUUGCCUAGGAGCGAUGAUAACUCUGUCUAGAAAAUCUGUAGAAAACGCCCAAGCCCAUAUGAAAACUGCUAGUUUUCCAAUAUUUAAAGCGUCUAAGGAGUCCCGCGUAUCAAGUUUUUUCGCGAGACCGAUGAUACCCAGAAUGACAAGGACGGAUAAGAGCUCACCUAAGAAAGUUGAAACUGAAGAAUUACCCAAUACAUCUAGUCUUAUUAAAGUUAUAGAGCCUUCGUCAAGCUCAAAUAGUAUUACUAAAAAUAUAACACUUAUUAAAAACCAAAUUAAUAAAUCUGCUUCAAAAUUGCGUGAUAAUUUAACACAAACAAGUGCAGGUGUUAUUAAAAAACCUUUAGAAAUAAAUCAAGCUGAAACAAUUGAUUCAAUAUUGACUGAUAGUGGUAAAAAUGUCGAAGAUUCAGUUUCAAGUCCCGAAAAAGAUAAAAAAAUUACUUUGGAAAAUGAUGAAAUUUCAGCACAAAAAAGUGCAGAAACUCUUAUAAAGCCUACAGAUAGUGUUCAAGAUAAAAUAACAGUUACAAAUAUAAAUAAAUUUAAUGAUGAUGUCACUGCUUCAAGAACAGAAGAACAUAAAACAUUAAAUCCUAAUGAUGAAGCUAGCUCUAAAUCAGUCACGGAAAUAAAAAAAGUUGUUGUAGAUGGUUCAGCCGUCGCUAAAGACACCACAGUAGGAAGCACUAAUAAAAAAAUAAAUAUGGUUUCUCUAAAAUUGAGACGACAGAGCUUAGAAGUUCUCAAGAAACCUUUGACAACGAAAGACCUUACAGAUUUAACUAAAUCGGGCAGGAAAACGAAAGUAUUAGUAAUCAAGCCUUUCAAUAGAAAUGCAGAAGGAAUAAAAAAUUUGAAUGCACCACUCAAGUUUCAAACAAUUAAAUUGAAAGAUGCCAGCAAAAGCAAUUCCACUAAAGAAGACAAAAACUCUGAUCAAGUUGUAGUUGUUCAAGUACCUAAAGUUGAUUGUGGAAUGGCGAGGUCAUUACCAACUAACAAUAUUAACAAUAAAGUAUCACCACUGACCACUGCUACUGUUGGUAGUGAAAAAUGUGAAGAGAAUGGUUUGCAAAGUCAAGAUCAAACACUGAAAAUAAAAGAAAAGACAUUUGACAGUGAUAAGUCUAGGGCCAUUACACUCCUACAAACAAACUCACUUAAAAUGGAUGAAGAUCAACCACCUAAUCAUCCAAGUGAAGAAGAUCCCCUUGGUCAUGAUAAGGAUAUGUGUGGCACACUGGAUGAGGAUUCUGGAGAACACAUUGACCAGAAAGACAAAGAACAAAUACCCAAUAAUCAUGUAACAAAUUUUAAUAAGGAUAAUAAUUUAAAUGUUAAAACGCUAAUGAAAUCAAAUGAAAGCAAUGUACAGAAAAAUCAAAUAAAUUGUGAUCAUACUAGUGAAUCAAUUAGUGAAAGCAAUGAAUUAUUAUUAAAAAAUUCACAUGAUAUUGUUAGCUAAAACAGCUAUAAACGCUUGUGCAAAGUAACUCUUUAUUUUCUUUGCCAUAAUGUUAUGAAGAUACUUCUUUUAAUUUUUAAUGUGUACAGUUGUUACUUUUUAUUUAGAAAAUAAACUUAAGAUACCUAUUA